UGGUCGUGAAAAGUGGUGUAAUUUCUAAUGUUACAAUAGUUCUGUAAUACUAUCUUGGUGCAAAAGUAUAGACGAAUGCCAUCGCUCGCGGAAUAAUGGACGACGGAUGUCGCAUUCUGGAUGCCUGUAAACCUGUGCUACAUUCUGGUGGGGUGAGAAUUAAAUCCUGAGCCCCAGGCUCUUCACUGUGUAGACUAGAAAUCUGUGUUAAAGACACCAGGCAGUUGUAGAACGGGAGAGCAACCACGUGCGUACAGAAUAACACACUGUGUAGCACAUCUCAUGGACACAAGCGUAACAUGUAGAGCGGAUUAUUUCACCUGGACAAACAAGGGCAUGUCGAGGGAGUAUUUUAGAUUGGUGGGAAAGAUGACAAAAUCACAUUCCACUUGUGAAAAAUGAAGACACUGGGUUGAAACGAAUACAAGGGGAGAAGUUUCAAUUCAUGGGCGGAGACAUUUACAAGUACUUCGAGUGCUGACAACUGUUUUGUGAGAACAUCUCCUUGUGUUUGUGACUUUCCGUGCAAGAGACGUAUCAUCUGCGAACCUGGGAACCAUCUUGUCUUCAUAUUGUACACAACCUAUCAUCACUCAUCUCAUAGUUUGACUGUGCCUUCUGUUGUUCUAACUUCGUCAGACAAAUAUUAAGCAGAUAAGCAACCUCUUUGACGACAGUUCACAAAGCUGUGCAUUCGAGAAGUGGAUUUCGCGAAUUCUUGUGCUUGGAUAAAGGAACGUCACUUACACUGCAUUAUAUCUUGGUACGUUAAAUGUAAAGCCUCUGGAAGAAUAUCAGUUUUAUUUCCUGGCAUACAUGUGACGUAUUAAACAAGUCCAGGAACGAGUUUUCAAAGUCAUAUUAAGGUUUCUUUGACACGAACACACACUGUGAUGUCAUCUCAGGCUAUGAUAAGCGGAUGUUGGUACAUACUUCCAACACUUCUCUUGGCACUUCCGGUUUUCAGUCAGACGGGACGUUCGUACCGACCACGUGACCACAUUACUGUGUGGUCCGCCUGGUCAUGGUGGUCUGACUGUUCGCGGACAUGUGGUCAGGGGGUCAGUAGGCGAUCACGUGACUGUCUGCUGUGGACAGGGGAGAAGUACCUCCACACGGUGCUCACAUACUGCAAGGGGCGGAGUCUGGAGUACAGGCUGUGUACCGAUAAGGACUGUUCUCCUCGAGACGUCGAUUUCAGAGCGUACCAGUGUUCGCUUAACAACGGUCGUCAUUUCCUGCUGGGGACAUCCUAUAUUUGGAAGCCCAUCGUAAGCGCCGACAAUCCUUGUGACCUGACUUGUAAAGCGGAGGGAUAUACGCUUAAACAGAGUUUCGGUUAUGCCAGAGACGGAACACCCUGUUCCGAUGACCACAGAUCAGUAUGUGCUGGUGGAAAUUGUCGAACUGUGGGCUGUGACAACAAACUGGGAUCCGGCUUGACAUUUGACAACUGCCGAGUUUGUGGAGGAAACAACAGCUCCUGUGCACAUGUCAGGAAGUCCGUAUUGCCUCUGAAAUCUCGACAGUCUGAUUUUCUGGGUUAUUACUAUAUAGGCCAGAUACCCGCAGAGUCCACCAACAUCGAGAUCAGAGAAACCAGCCGAAAUUACGUAGCUCUUUUGGACUCUAAGGGUACUUUCUUGUUGAAUGGGAACAGUGUGGCUGACAAAUUUCUUAGAGCAGAGGCCGCUGGCUCGGAGCUGACGUAUUCUCGUCACCUUGACAACCAGGGAGAGGUUAUCCAUAUUACAGGGCCAACUUCAGAUCCUAUAUUCUUACUGAUAAAGUACAAAGGGGAAAAUGAAACUGUGAAAUACACGUAUUAUACAACAGAUUUGCGGCGCGGGACGCCAGGGCACAAGAAUUAUGUACCGGAAGAACCGAUCGUCAGAGCAACAAAGUCUGCGCCAAUCAAAAACCAGCUUCGCAGUUUUGCAGGAAUAAAUGGACAUGCGCUGUCAGAUAGCAACACUGUUAAGAGCUUUCAAGAUGCGGGAUCCAAAAUUGAGAAGAAAAGAAAAGUUAAGACAGACAAACAGAAGAGAAAGGAAGCCAGGGAGGCGAAACUUUUGCAAAAACUGAAGGCCAAGGAAGAGAGAAAGAAAGCCAAAGAAAAACCAGCAUUUUGUAAGCCUUGUCACAGACCACAUGACAGGAAUAAACAGUUCUGCUCUAGUGCCUUCGUAAGUCGUGUACAAGUGACGGACUAUUACCACACUAAGAACGAGACCCGUUAUGACGUCCGCAUCAUUAAGUCGUACAAGAACGAUAUCCCACUACUAUCCAGGGAGUACGUAUGGGUGCCAUACAAAUGCCGCUGCCCUAAGCUGAAGAUAGGCAAGGAAUAUGUUAUCAUGGGACGGACAAGCAUUGUCAAGGAAAGACAACUGCGUCUUACCAUAGACUACAAAAGUUACGUAAGGAACUACAACCAGAAAAUCGACAACAAACUGGAAUAUUUUCGCAAGAAGAAGAAAUGCCAGAAAAGAAAAUGGAAGAACCCAUGACAGGAACGUCUGUUGAAAACGGUUGAACGAUUUUUUGCCCUGAUGUGCAACAGUAUUUUUUCAGUGUGACUCACGUGGUCGGGUUCGUACAUGUACAUGUAUAUUUAGGAAGUAUGAGACUUUGGUGGGACUCACGAGCGUGUUGAAUGAGUGUUUGUGUAGCUUCUGGAGUGAGUGGGUAGGAAAUAUGAGUCCGACAAAGUACAUGGAUGUACAAAGAAGUUAAAAGGUCGUUGUGACAUCGUUCUGCCAUCCUGUAGUAGUUUGACAAACAUAUACCUGCACAGAAUUAAUGCUGUUUUGUGACGGAAGACCUUAACUCAACCAAGUCAAGUGAACCGAGAUUCCGUUAUUCCAACAAGAGGUGCUAAACCUUGAUACUGCAAAAAUUAUGAGCCCAAAAAGGCAAUAAGAGUCUUACGCCAGAUGGUCAGUGUUGAAAGACACAGUUGAUAUUGAUUUAUUUAUUUCUUUGAUGCUUAAUGCCGUAGUGAAGAAUAUUUUACUAACACGAUGGCGGCCAACAUUAUGUUGGCAGGAAUUCAGACGGAGCCCGAAGGAAACCCACAACCAUUCAUAAGUUGUUGGCAAACCGCCCCAUAAACGACCGUAGAGGAAGCCAUCAUGUAAUCGAUAUUGAUGUUGGAGUGUUAAAGGGAUACGUAAUCGAUGCUGAUUGGCUUAUAGCGGAGAUAGGAUUUUCCGGGUUAAAUUCACUAGUUUUGGUCAUGCCUGAAUAAAGGUGACAUAUCUAAUAUUCAGCUUAGCCUUGGCAUAGUCAAUCUAUCUAGUCUAGUCUAUCUCUUAGGCCAGCCAAUCAGAUCAGCAACGGUUCUGUAUGCCCUUUAAGAAACGGUCCACGAUUGCGACAAGGUUAGCUGUACGAUUUUUUAGGAGAAAGUCACUGCCAUAAUUUCACUGCCAUAAUGCAUUUGUUAUACCCCCCAGUAUUCUUUGAUGUGGGAUAUUUUCUAUUUGGAAAUAUUGACCAUCGCCUAUAACCCUAACGAGAGAUCCGUUUGAAAUAUUUAUACACCAGUCAUGUCUUUAUAUAUGGUAUGUAUAUCGUUCUUGAGUUGAGUUUUAUAGUAUAGUAAGAAACCCAUGUAUUUCAUGUACAGUAGAGUCUUGAAGCUUGUCGUAUUCUUUGAUAUAUAGGACAUUUGUUAGCAUAAUAGUUUUCAGAUAUUGGUUUGCCAGUGGCAACAUUUUUAAACAGGAAUAAUGGUACAUGUAUAUUGUCCAAUAUAUUGGACGCACAGAGAAUUUUUUUCAUUUGGCACAACCAGUUUUUUCGAAUUCUGACACAACUGUAACAAACUGGCGGAAAGAACCAGAUUUCAUUUUUCAGUGGAUAUAACCUUUGAUAUAUGGAUAAACUCAGGACAAUUUCUUGGACAUUUAUCACAGUUCCUGCUAGAAGAGUUGGUUUUACAGGACAGUGUGAAAUGCCCUAAUGUGUGUAGUGCCAUGCAUACGGUUGCCCUAACCCAACGGUCAUCUGGAAAUGGAGGUGAAACACGCUGUAAUCAUUUACCUAGACUUUGUAGCACGCUGUGUGAUUUCUGUAACAGAUCAGGAGUUUCCUCUACCUUAUUGCUUACACUCUUUUUAUGAAAUCUUCGAGAUGUUGUGAAAGU